GAAGGAUUUGAAAAUGUGGACGAUGCAUUGUCGCACAUGAAGGAGAUCUUCUCAUCCACAAAGUUUGCCGUAAAUAUUCCGAUGAUAUUUUUCCAACAUCAGCUCUACAGCUUGAUCAGCAACAGGACCAUCGUCGACAAGGAGAUUAACAAAUUGAGAUCAGACUUCAAGAUUCGAGUUUUGAAGUUGACGAGCACAUCAAACGAAUACAACAUUCUGUUCAUGGAUGAUUAUGUUGCAUACGUUACAAGAUGCUACCAAGAUACUGAGAAUUCUGAACUUGUUGAACGAUUUAUUGAGAAGAUAGUGAUGGGGGAAGCUGGUACGAGCGUCAAGAAAGAAAGGUUCAUUCAGAGUGGAUUCAAUGAGAAGGAGAUCUUGAAGCUUGUCAGUCUGUCCCUGUUAGCAAUAAGAGAUGUUGGUGAUUGGUGGAUCACCUUCCCUAAAGCCGGUUUGUUUCUUAAGACCCUCUCGAAAGGACGCAAGUACAUCCUGUCCAUGGUGAGGAAGACCAGGCACAAGGAAAUACUACUCAACGAGCUGGAGAAGAGACCAUUCCUGAGAUCGGCCUGCCUCGGCUUCAUGUACCACUUGUACGAUAUCAUUGGGGCUGAUCUGGUUCAGUGGUUCGUCUCGUCCCAGUUUUGUUUCCUCUUUCUUUUAUUUUCCGUUUUUAAGAAUUAUCAAAUAAAGCUUCCUUUUGAUUUGUCCCAAAUUGUCGGAAAUGUAUUUCGCUUCACAGACAUAUAUAUUUGUUGUAAUUUUCAUUUCAGCAUCACAACUACAACUAGCCUUCUACUUAGAAUUAGAUAA